CUGGUCUCUUGAUGAAGUUGACAUAUCUCCAAUGUCCAAUGUUCCAUUGUUUCAUCCUCUUUAAUUUCGCGCUAUUUCGCGUGUGUUUAGAGUGACCGUGUCCCGUACAGUCCCGUGCGUGAAUCGUGAUGACCUCUUGACUCUGUUAACGAAGGAGGUGUAUUGUACGUUUAUUAGUGUAUAUGGAGCGAUAUAAUGACGAUGAAAUGGAAGAGCGACGUUCAAUUCGUAACUCGGGAAAGGCGCUCAAAAAAUACGGGAGCACCGCCAAACACAUGAAACGACAUGAAAUCUUGGUCAAACACGCUGUUUCCAAGACAGACACGCUCCAGGGGAUUGCACUCAAGUUCGGAGUCACGACGGAACAGAUUAGAAGAGCAAAUAGACUGUGGGCGACAGAUAGCUUAUUCUUACGAGAAUAUUUAUUGAUUCCUGUACCUGUGGACAAUCCUUUAUCUAUGCAAAGCAAUGAUGCUUCGACUGAGUCCGAGUCUAAUCACACUAUGGCAAGUACUUCUAGGUCGUCUUCGAUGGCAUCGUCAUUAGAUCAAGAAAGUUCGGUAGAUGAUUUCUUAGCAAGAAUGGAUUCAUCUAUAGCUAGUGUAAAGAAAGAAGUGAAACGCGCUCAAGGAAACAGUGAAUUUUGUCACGAUGGCGACGAUUCCUACGUCCAGAAACGAAAAGCCGUCGCAAGGUUACGCAACUCAAACCCAGUUACCUCCAAUUCUUACACAUCUAUACCUACUACCGAGUUAGUAAAUUCAGUUUCGACGGGUGACGUUCACAGUCUUCCCUCCACCGUUGUGAUGACACAAGGGAGAAGAGUGAAGACAUCACUGCAGAGACUUCAGCAACAACAGGACGAGAUGUUCCAGUUGUAGCAGUCAAUGAACGUACGGAUAGCGUGCGCAAAGUCCUAAAGUCGUUUUCGACUUUUCCAGAGACAAGAGUCUGGUCCCUUAUUGGUGCAAACAAAGGAAAAUACGAAGUAGAUCUUAGUUUAGAAAAUCUGAAAAUGUAUAAUUGUAUAGCAUACAUGUGGCUCCCCGGGGAACCGUCCGUGCCUUUCCCUUAAACCUACAAGAUUCUUAUUUUCGCCUUUUUCAUUAAUUUUUCACCAUUUCUCAUUACUUUACGCUUAAUGGAAGUGGAGUUUUUCCAAGCCGGGUGGAAUAAUACAGUCAAGUGUGAAUUUUCAGACGUGCAAAAGAGAUUAUUAUUAUUAUUAUUAUUAUUUUAAGAACGGAGAACGAAAUUCGGCUUGGAUUAGCUGCUGUUUUCGAGAAAUUCAGAGCUUGGAAAUUAUUCAGGUGGACAAAGAAUUGUUCAAAUUCGAUAGAUUUUUUUUAUUUUAGGGAUUAAUCAAUAACUCGAUUAUUUUAAUUCCACUGGAACUAUCAAGGUAUGUACCUAUCAUGAAAAAAAAGACUACUCGCACUUGCUUCCGUAGACUUAAACCUUAGAAAAAAAAUUCUCUUGUCUGUAUUUUGAAUCGUGUCUUCUCUAAGUAUAUGGAACACCUGAAUCGUAUUUCUUCGACCGAAUGCGUUUUGAAUUAUAUUGUAAAGAUUCUAAGUCGAUAAGAAACUCUAGAUUAGGCAAAGUUACGAUUUAUUCAAAAACAGCGAACAAUGAUUUUUGACUAAAAGAGAAACUACAAAAUACAAAGAAAUGCUUUACAAUAAGGAGAAAAUUGAAGGAAAGUUUACAGUAUAAGCAAAUUCAGUUACUUGUCCAUUUUCUUCGCAUUUCACUUUCCUAUUAUAGUUAUAUAAUAAUUUAAAAAAGAAACCUUCGUAAUUCAGGCACGGAAAACAUAAUAAUUAAAUAUUGUACAAAGCAAGUCUCCUAUGUUGUUGCAACUCAAUAGAAGAAAGAAUAAUUUGAAAUUAUCAUCCAGAGGACGUUUGAUAGUUUUAUUCUAUCUAAUCUGUACUAUAUACGUUUAUAGACAUUUUCAAAGUAUUCUCUUUUCUUACGAAGGAACGAUUCGGUAAUAAGUAAUUUAAAUUGAAGAGAAUAAUCGACGUAAAACGAUUACGCACUAUUGUAUUGUGAAUACCUGUGAUUUUUUCACUUAAAAAACUGUAAAAAAGUGUCAUUCCUAUUAGCAAAAGUUUUAUUAAUAAUAUGUAUCCAGCUAUUAUAUCAUGUACAUAAAAAUAACAGAACAAUGUAUUUUUCGUUGAGGUUUGGAGAGGAUGGUUUUAGAAGGGAGUUUUGUUGCGACGGAAAAUGAAGACGUUGAAUGGUACAUUCAAAAUUUUGCGAAAACUUGGAAUAACUAUCGAACAAAUUUUUUUCACAUGUGGGCGAUCAACCGCACCUUCUUUGGGGCUUUGAGAAUUUGAGAUUCCUCGUCCUUUUUGUGAUUGGCUGUUAUUUGAAAUUUAUGUAAGAUAUGUAAAACGCUUCGAAAUAAAGGGCCUAGCAAUACUCAGCCGCCCGUGUAAAGCAACUCGAAAAAGGUUUUGGGUUUUCGGCGGCCAACUGUAAAAAAAACACUGUACUGUUUAGUGAUUGUGUUUGUAUCGGUGUUCGUGUUUUGCUGGGUAGCUUCGAUGUUUUCAGACGAACUUGCCAGUUACAAAGCUAAUGCUUUUACUUGGUCCUAAUGAAUUAAUUAUUAUGACAGAAAA